AUGGCUGCUUCCUAUAAUACACGAAAAAUCCCAGACGCUUUAAAUUUGACAUUUUCCAUCAAAGAUUCAGAGCAUGCUUUCUAUAAUACAUGCAGAAUCACAGACGCUUUAAAUUCAAUAACACCCAUCGAAUACUUAGAGCAUUUCAUGGUGUCUGCGUUCAUCGACCACAGACUGAAUGGGGUCAUUCGAGCCAUCAGCAUUAUCAGCAGAAACAGUGUUCAGCCACUUUACUGUGUUUACUGCAGCACUGAACAAGUCUGCAAAACUGUUUACACAAAUGUGCAGAUACACCGUGACCAUUUUGGCAUCCCGUUUCACGUCUUAGAUGUGAUUUGUAAAGACAGGCACAUGCAAAAUACAACACCAGUCCUUAUAUCAACUAAAGAUUCAGGCAACAAUUGUAUGAAUAUUGAAUAUGGAAUGAAUAUUUUUAUGUAUAACUUCACAGUUUGCAUUUCCACCCUUUUUGGUAACUACAACAAUGCAUUGCAGUUUGCUCAGUCAGUGGAGAUGUACAAGCUUCUGGGUGUACAGCAUGUGAUCAUCUAUAAAACUAGUUGUGAUCGAAAUAACAUUGAUAAUCCCAAAAAUAUGACUGUCAACCCAAGGAAGAUGCAGCAAACAUCAAGCACACUUACUUGA